GCGGUACGAUAAAUUUCCCAUGUCAAAGAGUUAAGUAUUUAUUGAGGAAGAAACAACCAAAUAAAACCAACAAAAUCACCAAUUAAAUAAACUAAGCAGACUCCAUUGCAGUUUGCUUCUCUCUCAACUCUCUCUCUCUCUCUCUCAAAACCCAAAUCACAGGAUCUCAUUCUCUCUCUCCACAUUCAACAAUGUCACUCCGUUCUUCAAACCCUAAUUUCAGAUCAAUUCUCCCCUAAUCCCCCCAAUUUUCAAAACCCUAGAACCAUAAAAAAAACAAAUCUUUCUUGUAAAGAUCAAAACUACGAUAAAAAUAUUGUAAAGAUCAAAGCUUUACAAUCAUGUCAGCAUCAAAGAGCUCAAGCAGAUUGUUUACAAUUGGACUUGUAGCAUCUUGGUACUCAUCAAACAUUGGUGUUUUGUUGCUCAACAAAUAUUUGUUGAGCAAUUAUGGCUUUAAAUACCCAAUUUUCUUGACUAUGUGUCACAUGACUGCUUGUUCUUUGUUAAGUUAUAUUGCUAUUGCUUGGUUGAAAAUGGUCCCGAUGCAAACGAUUCGAUCUCGAACACAAUUUGUCAAGAUCACUGCUCUUAGUUUCGUGUUUUGUGGGUCUGUUGUUAGUGGGAAUAUAUCUCUUAGGUAUUUGCCUGUUUCGUUUAAUCAGGCUAUUGGUGCUACUACACCGUUUUUUACAGCUGUGUUUGCGUACAUGAUUACGCUUAAAAGAGAGGCUUGGCUUGUUUAUGGCGCGUUGAUUCCGGUUGUUACUGGUGUUAUUAUUGCUAGUGGGGGGGAACCAAGUUUCCAUCUCUUUGGAUUUGUAAUGUGUGUCGGUGCUACAGCUGCCAGAGCUCUCAAAUCAGUGCUUCAGGGAAUUUUGCUUUCUUCUGAAGGGGAGAAGCUGAAUUCUAUGAAUCUUCUUUUGUACAUGGCUCCUAUAGCUGUUGUACUACUACUUCCUGCGACACUUUAUAUGGAACAAAAUGUGGUUGGUAUCACACUAGCUCUUGCUAAAGAUGACAUCAAGAUCGUCUGGUACCUUCUAUUCAAUUCCGCGCUUGCAUAUUUUGUGAACUUGACCAACUUCUUGGUCACAAAACACACCAGUGCUCUAACUCUCCAGGUCCUUGGAAAUGCAAAAGGAGCAGUGGCUGUAGUGGUCUCUAUAUUGAUUUUCAAAAAUCCUGUAUCAGUUACAGGAAUGCUCGGUUAUACACUUACAGUAAUUGGGGUUAUCCUCUAUAGCCAAGCGAAGAAGCGCAGCAAAUAGAAAAGAAAUAGUCUUGAAGAAUUUCUGCUCCAUCUUUGAACUACCUUGUGUCUUUUGAGUUCUGAGUAUUAGGCAACCAACUUGAAGCAGGUUAUGGAUUAGCUGCUUGGAUCCCUUCUUUUGCCUUCUAGUUACAAGUCAUCGCUGCGACCUUCGAGACCAUUCCCCCCUUGUAACCUUUAAGUGCCACUACAUUACCUAGGCUAGAUAAUAUAAUAAACUUUCAUAUUCUCUGUUUUUACCAGCUAGAUUUUCUGUCCUUGCCCUUUACCCCUUUAAUUUUGUUUUUUUUUCCCUUAUUCUUUCAGAAAAGGAUUGUAGAAUAGGCCCUAUACAGCAUGUCAUCAAAGAUUCUUAUUGAUCAAUUAUUUAAUUUAAGACUUUUGCCGUUGUCCUGA